GGACUGUGCGGACUGGCGAGUGACUCACACGAUCUCCGAUACGUCGUGACGCCGCCCCGUUCGACGUGGCACUCCAGCCAAUCACAGCCCGCGGCUCAAGGUGAGUCACGCAGAGUGCGUGUCGUUGAAGCCGCCACCGCUUUGACAACAGCGGGGUAAGUCCGCCGCCUUUCGUUUCUCCGUCGCGUCUGGACGUUUUUACCGGAGAUGAACAGCGUCGGGGAGGCCUGCACCGAGCUGAAGCGGGAGUACGACCAGUGCUUCAACCGCUGGUUCGCCGAGAAGUUCCUGAAGGGGGACCGGAGCGGGGACCCGUGCACCGAGACCUUCAGGAAGUACCAGCGGUGCGUUCAGAAGGCCAUCAAGGAGAAGGACAUACCGAUCGACGGGGUUGAGUUCAUGGGGCCCAACAAGGACAAACCGGAGAGCUGACGGAGAGGACACCCGGACCGGUCGUCGGUACCGACACCGAUUACACCGCACUGACCGGGCACCGUGUCCACGAGGCCCACUGAGCAUGCGCAGAUUCAGAGCUGAUGCAGGAUGGGGAGGCUGUGUGUGUGUGCGCGCGUGUGUUUGAGAGUGUGUGUGAGUUUUUCUUGUUAAUCUGCUGCUGCUCGUGUUUUUGAGUUUAUCUAAUGUGAGGACAUUAGAGGAGCUGGAGCUGGAAGGACCGGUCAAUGAAUCCAUUAGUCGAUCGACAGCAAAUCGAUCCAUGAAGUGGUUGAGAUGUGUUUUUAGGCAAGAAAAAUGCCAACAAAGUGCUGCUCCAAUGUGAAGAUUUUCUGUUCUUCAUUACGGACUGAAUAUUGUUCAGGUCGUGGACACAUUUGAAGACUUCGCCAGUCAGUAACCAAUAAUCAGUAAUGAAAGGGAGCAGCAACUGCCGAUUGGUGGUGUUAGCUUCUCCGCCGUGAGGAUUCACUUUUACAUGGCUCUGCUUCGGGAGUUGGGAUCUGAGGACGUCACCUUGGACACUGGGGGACUGUGGCGGACAUUUUUCUAAACUAAGAGAUAAACUGGGACAGUAACGACUGGAUCGGCCGACAGUGAAAAUCGUAAUUUAUUUGGAGCCCUAGCUGUCGGCAGCCGUCGGUCAGUUCUCCCGCACUCGUCACACAGUUCAUCUCUGAAGUGGCAUUUUUUUCUCCAUAAAAUUUGACUUUUUAUUACAUUUUCUUUUUCCUUUUUGACAGUAAAUCUCAUCUCUUUCAUUUAAAAAAUAGAUUUGAUGUUUGGUUUCAGUCUAAUUUUCUUCAUUUACUUCGUUCUUUCCUUAAAUCUUUUUCUGAACCUUCCCCGAGGUCAUGGGUCAUACUGAAAUCAGACCCUUCCUUUCAUUUAGAGUUUCCUUUUUUGUCUUUUUUGACUCUUUUAGAUUAAUAUUGUGUUUCAGUUUCUAAUUUGGAACACCAAAUUCUCAUGAGAAAAAUCCGAACGUCACGUCUGUAGGCAGGUGUAGUUCACCUGUGAAACCGUCAAUGUCACGUAUGGGUUACACUGAUUUUGAAAGGUCUUUAAUUGUGCUGCAUGCAGGUCAAAACCAGUAAAGCUGAAAGGGAUUGAACGUGUCAAGAAAGAUCAUUAAACUGUAAUCAUGGUG